AUGGUCGCCGCUGCUGGUUGCCGUGGAAACGAAAGAGGCCAAGUACAUCCGUCCCAACACCAAAUUUGUGCUCAAGAAGACGUCCUUCCUGCUCUGCCUCCACAUCUUGGGGCCGGUGACACGGGUUUUGGGACCCAGGAGUGGGGUUGCCGUUUGGACGGGCCUUGCGUGAUGAGUAGGGGAAUAGCGACAAACGGCAUCAAGUACUCCGUUAGGCCAACGCACAUGAGUAAGAUCAAAGCAGAGACCGCCAUGCAUCAGCACACGUCCAGCAUCGGCUCGAUGGGAAUGUCUAUCAAGUACCUCGCGGCUCUUCUUAGCGAUAUGAUGACAUUGCUGGGGAAGGGGAAGCCAAGCGCUGGCACGUGA